AUAAUAAUAAUAAUAUAAGAAAAAACACUACAAACUACUAAUAAAACAAGGAUAACAAAAUAAUUAUAAACUAAUAAUAAACUGUAACGAUGGCAACCACGGCUCUGCAGCUCCUCGGCCUGACUCUCUGCGUGAUUGGCUGGGUGGGGGAGAUCCUAACGUGCGCGCUCCCGAUGUGGCGCGUCACCGCCUUCAUCGGCAACAGCCUCGUCAUCACGCAGACGAUCUGGGAGGGUCUGUGGAUGAACUGCGUCGUGCAGAGCGCCGGGCAGAUCCAGUGCAAAGUGUACGACUCCAUGCUGGCGAUCCCGUGGGAUCUGCAAGCCGUCCGGGGGCUGGCCGUCAUCUCGGUGCUGCUCGCCCUGCUCGCCCUGACGGUCGGAGUCGUCGGGGCGAAAUGCACCAAAUGCUUGGAGGAAGGCUCGCUGAAAUCCAGUGUCAGUUUGGUAGCGGGGGCUCUGUUCUGCUUGGCCGGGUUUGUGUACUUCAUCCCCGUGUGCUGGACUGCCAAUUCCAUCAUCAGAGAUUUCUAUAACCCGGCGGUACCGGACCCGCAUAAGCGGGAGCUGGGACCGGCGCUUUAUUUCGGCUGGGGCGCGGCAGCUCUGCUCGUUCUCGGGGGCGCGGUUCUGGUCAGCGGGUCCCGCUCGGGUUCGAAUCCGAAUUUCGACAGCGGGAGUCGGGAUAGUAGCCUGGCCAGGGGCGCACCGACGCUGCCCGCGGAGAGAGUGAAAGGAUACGUGUGAACUAAACACGCACGCACGCACGCACGCACGCACGCAAAAUCGGGUAUUAAACCAGAGAUAGCAAUUUCUCUAAACCAUACAGUCUUAACCUUUUAAACGCGACCAGCUUCAGCCAACGGCCAUAAAAUUAAACAGCAAACGUUAUUUAACUGUGUUUAACUUGUGAGAAAAUUAUUAUUAUUAUUAUUAUUAUUAUUAUUAAUAGGGCAGCAGUGUGGAGUAGUGGUUAGGGGUAUGGACUCUUGACCGGAGGGUUGUGGGUUCAAUCCCAGGUGGGGGACACUGCUGCUGUACCCUUGAGCAAGGUACUUUACCUAGAUUGCUCCAGUAAAAACCCAGCUGUAUAAAUGGGGAAUUGUAUGUAAAAAUAAUGUGAUAUCUGUAUACUGUGAAAUAAUGUAUAAUGUGAUAUCUUGUAACAAUUGUAAGUCGCCCUGGAUAAGGGCGUCUGCUAAGAAAUAAAUAAAUAAAUAAAAAUUUGUCAUUCAGCGGACGCUUUUAUCCAAAGUGACUUACAGAGACUAGGGGGGUGAACUCUACAUCAUCAACAACUGCUGCUGCAGAGUCACUUCCAAUAGGAGCUCGUUUGUUUGACGUCUCAUCCGAAGGACGGAGCACAAGGAGGUGAAGUGACUCGCUCAGGGUCACACACACGCACACACACACACACACACACAGGGAGUCAGUGGCUGAGUACUGAACACACAAGCCUUUCGUUUGAUUGGUAACAGGACUAAUGGAUCUAGGUGACAGUGUGUCUCAAUUGCCUUGUUGUGUCUCAUGGAAAACCUACGCAUUCUUUUGUAGAAACCAAAAUAAAAUAAAAAAAUAAAGCUUAUAGAUAUGCAACAAGAUAUUGUGUUGAUUUU